UGUAUAAUCUGAAGAAUUCGGAGCGAAUUUACUAACUUGUAACCUCUAAAAAGCACGUGUGUUAACAAUUAUUGCUCUGUAGUAAUUAAUUGUGUAUUGUUAAAUUAUUUUUUCUAAUUAAAAUUUUAGGUAAUAUUUUACCUAACAUAGUUUUUUAUAUUUAAAAAAUUUAUUCAAGAAAUAUUGUGAAAAUGUCAUCGAUUGUUCGUAAAAAGCAUGGUCAGGGCAAUCGUAAACGAAAGGUCAAUGAAACCCCGAAGAAUAAAACUAGUGAUCAAAAUAAUAAAAUAAGUAAAAAAUAUAAAAGAGAUAAUGACGAUGACAGUAUUGCCAGUAGUGAUGAAGAAUUUGCUGAAGAAAAUUACAAAAAAUUGGAAGCAAAAGGAAGAGCUGCAGAUUUCGAGUCCGAUGAUGAACAAGAAACUGCUGAGGAGAGACGUGUUAAGUUAGCGAAACUUCACUUGUCUAAAUUAAAAGCAGAAGUACAAACUGGAGAUCAGGAUGAUGUAGAAGACAUUGUCGCGCGUCGGCUACAAGAAGAAUACUUGGAAGAAAAAGGUCGGUUGAAAAAAACCGUAGCAAGUCAUUACACAGGCCACGAAGAUUUAAUUGAUUUAAAAUGCAAAAACCACCGUGACUCUAUAACUUGUCUGUGUGUUUCCAGUAAUGGAAAAUUUUUAUUCAGCGGGUCUAAAGACGGCACUAUUGUAAAAUGGUCUUUGAGUGACAGAAAAAAAAUACAUGUGAUAAGUGCCAAGAAGAAUAAGAAAGAAGCUAAAUCGAUACUCUGCAUGGCAGUAAGUUCGGAUGAUAAAUUUUUCACAGUCGGGCAGGCUAAAUCCAACGAUAUCAAAGUCUACAAUCCAGACAAUUUAACGCUGAUUAAAAAUUUAACAAAACAUCGGGGGAGUGUAACUGGUCUGGCUUUUCGCCGUGACACACAUACUCUGUACUCGGCGUCCGAAGACAGAAGUGUCAAUGUUUGGAACCUAGAUGACAUGGCAUACGUCGAAUCUCUCUUCGGUCAUCAAAGUCCUAUUACGUCGAUAGAUGCAAUGACACAGGAACGUUGCAUAACGAGCGGUGGAUACGACAGAUCAAUAAGAUUAUGGAAAAUAGUACAAGAGUCACAAUUAAUAUUUAAUGACGUUGAGAGCAGUAGCAGCGUUGACUCUGUUAAGUUUAUUAAUGACCAACAUUUUCUGAGUUGCGGUGACAACGGCCAGCUGUGUUUAUGGAACGUUAUGAAGAAGACGCCUAAGUACUCGUUAGCACCUGCUCAUGGUGUUGAUGCAACUAAUGGAGAACCAAUGUGGAUCACCAGUAUUGCUGCCUUAUUAAAUACUGAUUUAGUGGCUUCAGGUUCGAGAGACGGCAAUGUUAAAUUGUGGCACUGCGAAGACUCAUUCAAAUCGCUCAAACUCCUUUUUGAAGUAAAAAUAACUGGAUUUAUCAAUUCUCUUGUGUUUACACCAGACGGGAAAAACUUGAUCGUCGGCGUAGGUCAGGAACACAAAGCCGGCCGGUGGUGGCGAAUACCGGAGGCUAAAAACCGUGUAAUUAUAAUUCCGUUGACCAAAAACUCAUCCAAGUAAUUUUUAUAUCCAAUAAAAUAAAACAAAACUUAUUUUUAUAGGACAGUU